GAUAUGGAUAUUCAAUCAGAUUCAAUCCAACCAUCAGAACAAUUAACCAAGGACCAAACAGAAGAAGAACAACAAAAUACUUCAAUAGCUGCCACAAUAUUACAAAUGGCUGCAAAUAAUGUUUUCAAUUUAGCAAUGCCUUCAAUGGAAAAUUUAACAAAUUCAAUGAUUAAUCCCGUAUUUUUGGCUAUGCUUUCAGCAUUAAAUAAUUCUGAUAACAAUAUUUCUCUUCCUUCUUUUAUUCAAAAUAAUGAGGAAGAGGAAGAAACUAAUUUAUUGUCCUCACUAAACAUUCCUACAGUAAAUGAAACAGAAAAUUGUGCAACAACCUCUUCCCCUACAAAAAUUGAAGAAACCAACAAAGAUAACGACAAAAAAAGCCCUAGCAAUUCACCCAAACAAGAUUUACAAAUUUUCAAUAAUUCGAGUUCAAAUUCUCCUAAACUUGACUUUUCUUGUUUAUCUGAACAAUUUCAAAACCAACAACAAGAACAACCAUCAGCAUCUACUUCAUUUUUUUGUUCGCCUCAAUUACAAUUUCUUCAAUUAUUCCAAGCAAACCAACUUUCCCUCCAAAAUGAUCUAAACAACCCCGAAAUUUCAGAAGCCCCUAUAAUUGAAGAAAAUCAACAAAUUAAUUUAAAUUCGAGUUGUUUUGGAAAUAAAAUUAAAAGUUUAAAUAAAAUUUUCUAA